GGGUGAGUGUCCGCCUACUUCAGCGCACCCAGGCCGGUGGACGCGCUCCUGCUGGUUCUCCCAGUCCUGCCCUCGUCCAGUGCUGUCCGGUGAACAUGGACUGUGUCCAGUAGCGCCCAGCAGUGCGGGUUCGCAGUGCCGUAGUCUCCAGGAUUGUGCGGAGCGUGGGAUGGCCUCUAAGCUGCUGGACAGACUUCGCCGCACGCUUUUCAAAGAAGGAGAGCACCCUGCAGAUGCAGACGAAGAUGCAGACGGAACGGACGACUUUCCAGAAAGCUCUGAACUUGAGGACGACACGGACUACGUGUCGGCCAAGCUCGGUGGAACGCUCUCUUUUGAGGGAGAUGCGGUCCUGGAUUCUGAAGAUGCAGGCGAAGCGUCUGGCCAAGACAGCGAUUCAGACUUCUUUGGGGAGUCUUUGGAUAAUCCUUGCAGUAGCACAGACAUAAGCCCUACCAGCCCUACCCUGAAGGGCUCGAACAUGCUCACCAGGCAGCUGCAGGAGAGCUGGAGAAGCCUGAGGCCUCGCUGUGUUUCGGAAAAACUCAUUUUCGAAGUGACUGAUGCCAACGUUGUACAAGAGAUGAGCUCCAAAUACGUACUUUACACUAUUCACGUCAUUCGGUCUGGGACAUUUGACAAAACCCCAGGAGUCAUUACACGUCGCUACACUGACUUCGAGCGGCUGCAUGGCCGUCUGCGACGGCGGCAUGGCGACGAGAUGGAGGGCGUCUACUUCCCCCGCAAGAAGCUGCGUAGAAACUUUGCGGCCGAGACCAUCGCCAAACGCAGUCGGGCUUUUGAGCAGUACUUGGGCCACCUCCACUCGCUCCCCGAGCUGCGUGCCGCGCCCAUUUUCUUGGAGUUCUUCUACUUGGGCGACCUGCGUGCUGGCCAGAUGCUGCUGCGUGUGGGACGUUACCAGGAAGCUGUGGGGGCGCUGCUCAAUGCCUUGCGACUCCAGGAGAAGCUGGGCUGCCAGCAGCUGCUCCAGCAGCAGCCGCUGCAGAAGGCUCACUGGCUUUUCACGUUGGCAGCGCUGGUCAGCUGUUUCCAGGAUUUGGAACAGCCCAUCGAGGCGCAGGAGAACUGUGACCGAGCUCUACAGGACCUGGCGCCGUCCCCGGAGGCCCUGAAGCAGCAGCCACCGCCACCCCAGCUACACCCGCUGCUGGUGCCGCUGUUGCAGGCCAAUGUCCGGUUGUCCUGGAAGAUCUCGAAAGACAAGCGGCGCUGGGAAGCCCUCCUGCAGGACAUCCAAGAGCUUGGGGUCGACUUGGGGAGUCAGCUCAUCCUGAAGGAGUGUCUCAUAAAAGAGAAUCUGGAGGACAGUGAGGGAGACGCCAAGUCAAAGAGCAAAGGGGAGGAACACGCAUAGAUAGGUUGUAGGACAGGGGGCAGCAGUUCUGGUCCACACCAAGUAACCUUGGUAAUUAAAAGAAUAUUCCAGUAUGUUUCAGCUUAAUCUCUGCGUGCCUUUGUUCUAGCAUGUGGUUAUUUACCUGAGACAGUAACCUGUUUACGCAAAACACUGAGUUUUAGCACUUUUACUGAAGCACUCAGAGAAUUGUGACGUUGGCUGUAGUGGCAAGAUCUGCUUGUGACUGGCUAAAUCCAUUCCUCUGUUGCUUCUAGUCAACAAGCAGCUCAGCAAAUUCUCACAACAAAACAAAAUGAUGCUGAAUUUUUUGUCGUUGUUGUUAAAUAUGUGUAAUGCUAGUGUAAAGUGAGGAAAAUGGGUUCGUUGCCUAGAGGCAACGGCUUGGAAUAGAGGGUUAAAAUGACUGUCCGUGGCAUUCAACCAUGUGAUACAGACGCAAAGGGAAUACUGUUGGAAAAACUGCUGGAGAAUUGCUCAAAUGAUGAGCCGAAUCCGGGGAGAAGGGAAAUCGCCGAACUGUGACUCGAGUCCUCUGCAACCGGACAUGAGGACCCCCCCCCCCCUUUCAUAGGAUACAGCAUCCUGGAUAGUUAUUGCAAAAUUCAGAGGAAACCGGAGGGAUUUUGCUGUAGUGCUGUUCACAUAGUGGAGGAACGCGUGACAUUAAAACUGACCCACUGAAUUUGUGCGUAAUCUGCAGAGAACAAUCACGUAACCGUUAGCGAUUAUAUUAUAUUCUCACCAGCGUUUUUUAGGAUGUCCUUCUCAUGUUUUGCACGGAAUGAAAAACUGUUGAGAUAUGUAAACAGCACUACACCUACAGCGAUUUUUAAAAAAUGAUAUAUAUUUUUAAACCUGUUAGUCGUAUACGCUACAUGCAUGAACCACAGCCUUAUUAGAGAACUAUUUUUAUAAGAGAGCUAUUUUGAUUGCAUCCCAAAUAUUAUAAGGAGAAAAAAAACCACAACAAAUAAGGUUACAUAUAGCAUAUUUAUAUUAAUACAAUAAUAAAGCAGAGGAAAUUAGGUUAAAAGAGGAUUUUUAAGCUGUUCUUAAACUGGUUAACAAUUUCAGCCUCGCUCUUAAACGUCAGGUGUAAUUAAGGUACCGCAUUACAGAAACAUUAGAAUUCGAUUUUUUGCUGCUAAAUGUUCUUAUUUUAUUUCCCAUUACUAUGAAUGACUUGAGUUGUUACUUCUGUGUUUAUUUAUUUAUUUAGGGAAAUAGGGAAUUUCUGGUCGCCUGCGGUAUUAAAGCCUUGCCCUGUCUAUUCACUAAAGUCCUUACUUUGCAGUUUAGUUUUCUUUCAGAAUAACAUUCCUCUCAUGUUUGAUUAAACCUUGACGUGUUUCACGAA